AUGCCGCCAUUGGAAGCAGGCUAUGAUGAGUCGAUCAACAAUUCGAAGGAUUCUGUGGACGAUCAUAGAUGGAACAAGAUCUUUCCGAAUUGUGUCGCCGAUAGUAACAUGUCCGCGGCCUUCAUGAAAAGAGCAAUAUACGUGGCGUUUUCUGUAAUUCUUCAUCGCCGAAAAAUUCUUCCAGCGGAAUUUUUCUCGAAGAAUUACAUUACAAGCAAAAUGAGUUGCUUUACGUUGUGCUUCAAGAAUGUGAAGUCCUAUGCCAUUUCUCAGUGGCUCAAAGCGUGUGGAGAUGCUUUACAGAAGAAACAUCUGAAAGAACUUUGCCUGGUGGUCACUAAGAAAGAAGGCGAAGUUGAAGCAGUGGAAACAUAUUCGCUGAAAUUUUGCUACUACGAAGAUGGAAGAGUCGCCGCCGAUCUAGGAACGAGAUACAAUGAGGAGCCCUCUACCCCGUUCGAAAAGUUGACCGAACUAGAGUAUAAAGGCACUGGUUCAGUUAGAGAUCAGCUUGUUUUACUUGUCCGCAGUAUUAUUUAUAUCACACAAAAAGUUCUCAAGCCUUUGCCACCCGAUUUCGCUGUCAAUUUUCGUAUAGAAUACGCAGAGGGUACUCCUGAUGAUUUCAAAGUCGACGGUUUCGCUGAUACGAGCAAAUUCUACACAUUGCCAGAGGAUAUUCAAUCAGCAACACUCGGACAUCUUCGUCCAGGACAUCAUGGAGCUUUUAUGGAUUGUUCCAGCAAGUACAUGGAAGAUGCAUAUAAGGCCGAAUUGGAUCUGAAACGUCAUCUGGAUGAAAUAGCUUCAGCUCUUGGGUAUGAUUCGAACGAAUCGAUUUAUCAAACGAUGGAGACCGGGAACGUAUCAAAGGAUUCGAAACAAAAUAUCACUCCAGAGAAAACCAAAGAAGUAGAAUCACCAGAAGCAGUUCCGAUGAAACCAGGUGAAAGUCCUAUAGUGGCCCCAAAAAAGACGCGUGCAUCCGGCAGAUCUAAAGGCCAUGUUAACGAUUCUCAGCAAUCCCCGUACAGCAAGACUCGCUCCCGAAAGUGA